UUAGUCUGUACACAUGUACUGUAAGGUCCAUGCCAGUGAAUACAGAAAGAAUGGAAACUUUGCUGCGCCAGCUGACCCACGGCAAUGCUCUGUUCCUCAUCAUCAUUUUGGGACUUGGAGGAAGCUUUCAAUCUGGAUACCACAUUACUGGUUUGAGCUCUCCCUCCCCGCACAUACAGCGCUUCAUCAACAGCAGCUGGUUUGACAGAUAUGAGGAGCCCCCACCUCCGCAGACAACCACGAUGAUCUGGUCCCUUAUUGUUUCCAUGUAUGCUGUCGGGGGACUCUUUGGUGCUGUCAGUGUCAAACUGGUCUCAUGCAUGCUGGGAAGGAAAAAAGCGAUGAUCUGCAACAGCUUCAUUGCCAUUAUUGCUGCCGGGAUCAUGCUGACAAGUAAAUGUGCCAGAUCAUAUGAAAUGAUCAUUGUGGCAAGGAUCCUGUACGGCUACUCAGCAGGUUUGGGAAUGAGCAUCCAUUUAAUGUACCUCGGAGAGAUUUCCCCCAGAAAGUUGCGAGGCAUAGUGACUCUGACCUCAGCAACCUUCACGUCACUUGGCAAACUGUCGGGACAGUUUUUUGGACUGAGUGAGAUCCUUGGUGGUGAGGAGCUGUGGAACAUCGUCCUCUGUGUCCCUGCAUUUUUCUCCCUGGUUCAGGUUAUAGCGUUGCCUUUUCUUCCCGAGGCUCCCAGAUACUUAUUCAUAGAGAAAGGUGAUGAUAAGGCUUGCACAAAAGCUCUCCAGAGUCUUUGGGGCCCAGGUGACUACAAACAAGAGAUGGACGAGAUGUUGGCUGAGCAGGCUGCCAUUGAGGCAGCCCCGCUAAAAAGCCCUCUGCAGCUCCUGAGGGACAGGACCGUCCGAUGGCAGCUUAUCACCAUGUCCACCAUCUACUGCUGCAAUCAGCUGUCGGGCAUGCCUGCUAUCAGUACCUUCUCUUUUGACAUCUUCCUGAAGGCAGAUAUACCGAGAGACAAGAUCCGCUAUGUAACCUUGGGUCUUGGAGUGUCUGAAAUCAUCACAUCCAUCUCCUGUGGACUUCUGAUUGAGCACACCGGGAGGAGGCCGUUGUUAUGGGGGGGUUAUGGUGUCAUGUCUGCCAGCUGGGUGUUGGUCACUGUCACGCUCAACCUGAAGGAUUCCAGCUAUUGGGUUCCGUACAUCACCGCUAGUUUGAUCAUCCUCUUCAUCAUCUUCUUUUGCGGAGGACCUGCGGGAGCUACAGCCACUCUCCACAGUGAGCUCUUCAUCCAGUCCGAUCGACUGGCAGCCUUUGUCCUCAUGGGGAUCCAGCGCUGGUUGGUGUUCGCUGUGCUGGGCCUAGUUUUUCCAUUCCUUAUUAACGCCCUGAACUCGUACUGCUUUGUGCUGUUCGCUUGUAUGUGCCUGCUGGGUUGCCUUUAUACUUUCUUCCUCUUGCCCGAGACCAAAGGGAAGACCAUGCUGGAGAUCUCUGAGGAGUUUAAAGCCAUCACCGUCUGUGGGAAAUCCUUCUUAGAGGAGAAGAGAGUGGAGACCAAGUUAUGAGGCAGUCCAGAUACAAUAGCUACAGACGGUCUUUUCAGAAUAGCAGAGGAAUAAUAAAUGUGUGGCAAUAUU